GAAGGAAGAUUGCAAGAAGUAAUUGAAAACCUUCUCUCCUUGGAAAAACAAACGCGGACAGCAUCUGACAUGGUCUCCACAUCCCGUAUCUUAGUUGCUAUAGUGAAAAUGUGUUAUGAAGCUAAAGACUGGGAUGCUCUUAAUGAAAAUAUUAUUCUUCUGUCAAAGAGAAGAAGUCAGUUAAAACAGGCAGUUGCUAAAAUGGUCCAGCAGUGCUGCACUUACGUUGAAGACAUCACAGACUUACCAGUCAAACUGCGCUUAAUUGACACGUUGCGUAUGGUUACAGAAGGAAAAAUAUAUGUGGAAAUUGAACGUGCUCGCCUGACAAAGACACUUGCAACAAUAAAAGAACAGAAUGGUGAAGUGAAAGAGGCAGCUUCUAUUCUGCAGGAAUUGCAGGUGGAAACCUAUGGUUCAAUGGAAAAGAAGGAACGUGUAGAAUUUAUCUUGGAGCAGAUGAGACUCUGUCUAGCUGUAAAAGACUAUAUUCGGACUCAAAUUAUCAGCAAAAAAAUUAAUACGAAAUUUUUUCAAGAAGAAAACACAGAAAAACUGAAGUUGAAAUACUACAACUUAAUGAUCCAGCUGGAUCAACAUGAAGGCUCCUACCUCUCCAUCUGUAAGCACUACAGAGCCAUUUAUGAUACUCCGUGUAUCCAGGCUGAAAGUGAAAAGUGGCAGCAGGCACUGAAGAGCGUUGUUCUUUAUGUUAUUCUUUCGCCUUACGACAAUGAACAAUCUGAUUUGGUGCACAGAAUUAGUAGCGACAAAAAGCUAGAAGAAAUCCCAAAGUAUAAAGACCUCCUAAAACUAUUUACCACCAUGGAAUUGAUGCGGUGGACUGCCCUAGUUGAAGAAUACGGGAAAGAAUUGAGAGAAGGAUCCCUUGACAGUCCUGCAACAGAUGUUUUUGGCUGUACAGAGGAAGGUGAAAAGAGAUGGAAAGAUUUAAAGAACAGAGUUGUGGAACAUAAUAUUAGAAUAAUGGCUAAAUAUUAUACGAGAAUUACAAUGAAGAGAAUGGCACAGCUCCUGGAUCUGUCAGUUGAUGAAGAACAAAAGUUCCUGUCUAACCUGGUAGUUAAUAAGACCAUCUUUGCUAAAGUAGACAGGCUGGCAGGAAUUAUCAAUUUUCAGAGGCCUAAGGACCCAAACAACAUCCUCAAUGACUGGUCUCACAAGCUCAACUCACUAAUGGCCCUAGUUAACAAAACCACACAUCUCAUUGCCAAAGAGGAGAUGAUACAUAACCUGCAGUAA